AUUCUGAAAAACAACAUGAUCCAUAAGCUUUGAUGAUUGGCCGAAACACACUGAGAGGGAAGGGGCAGAAGUCAGCAGAGUGUAUAAGUCCUGCAGAAUUGCCUUAACCUGCUGCUUUCCAUGGAAGAAGCAGAGGUGAGUGUCAAGUGAAGAGACUGGAGCGCAGUGGAGCGUGGUUCCUGUAGCUGAACUACAGUGAGCAAAUCCACUGGACACAGGAUAAUCUGGGCCCUUUUUCAACACAGCCAUGGGUCAGUUAUUCUCUGAUACAUCUAAGGAUGAAGACAGUGGAGAUUUAGAGUCCAGCUUCACUAAAUAUUUUAAGAAGAUUAAGUUGGAAAACAAAAUCAUUCCUCAGGAAACCAUCCGUUUAAUAGAAUUACAUCUGAAAAAAGGAAACAUUCAGGGGGCACACUCUGUAAUCAGUGAUGCAUUAAAAAAUGUCGAUAAUGUCCCAAUCAACAUUGCUGUGACAGGAGAGUCUGGAGCAGGGAAGUCCAGCUUCAUCAAUGCCCUGAGGGGGGUUGGACAUGAAGAGGAAGGUGCAGCUGAAGUUGGAGUAAUAGAGACAACUAUGAAGAGAACGCCAUACAAACACCCCAAAAUUAAAACUUUGAAUUUAUGGGACCUGCCUGGCAUUGGAACUAUGAAAUUUCCGCCAAAAGAUUAUUUGGAGAAAGUGGAAUUCCAAGAGUAUGACUUCUUCAUUAUUGUUUCUGCCACACGUUUUACAAAACUUGAACUAGACCUUGCCAAAGCAAUCAGAUUUAUGGGAAAGAAUUACUACUUUGUGAGAACCAAGGUGGACAUGGAUUUAGACAAUGAAAAGAAAUCCAAACCACGGACCUUUGACAGAGAAAAGAUCCUGCAGAAGAUCAGAAGCUACUGUGUGAAUACCUUUCAUCAGAAUAACAUGGAAGCACCAGAGAUUUUCUUGAUUUCUAACAGCCAUUUAUCUGACUAUGAUUUUCCAGCUCUGAUGGACACCCUGAUAAAGGAUCUUCCUGCUGAAAAGCGCCACAAUUUUAUGCUUUCCUUGCCUAAUAUCACAGAGGCAGCCAUUGACAGAAAGCACAAGUCUAUGCAGCAGACGAUCUGGUUGGAAGCCUUCAAGUCUGGAAUUUUGGCUACUGUUCCUGUAGUGGGCAUCCUCAGGGAUGAUGUGGAGAAAUUGAAGGGGAAGCUAAACUAUUAUCGCGACCUCUUUGGAGUGGAUGAUGAAUCCCUGGAAUUCAUGGCUAAGGAUUCCCAAGUGUCUGUUGAACGACUGAAAGAAAUCAUUAAAUCUCCUGAUUUGUUGGACAGUAAGAAAGAAAAAGCAUUAGGAGAAAUGUUUUUGAAAGGUUUGGAGAAAUUUGCCUCAGCUAAUGGUGGGCUCCUUGCUACAGGUCUUUACUUUAGGAAAACCUUUUACAUGCACCUUCUUUUCCUUGACACGGUGACUGAAGAUGCCAAAGUUCUUCUUAGAGAGACAUUUAAAAAAAAGAACUAGUUAAAACUCAACUCACCCACAGCUACUGACCAUGACAACAUCAAAUGGUUAAUACCAGGGAGUCAUUAGAUAAAUUCCUGCUCCUGACAUAUUUUCUUUACACUACUCAAUUGUUAUAGAAUAUUAUUUUAAGGUAUGUUACUUUUGUUUAUGUUGCAUUUGUUUAACUCUGUGAAGCUGUAUUACUGUGUCUGUGUAAAAUACCUGAUGGUCUAAUAAAGAACUGGCCAAUAGCAAGGCAGGAGAAAGGAUAGGUGGGGAUGGAAGGCAGAGAGAAUAUAUAGAAGGAGAAAUCUGGGAGAGAGCUAGGAGACAGAGAAGGAGAUGGACUCCAGGAGCCAGCCACCCAGCUACACAGCAAGCCACGGAAUAAGAGUAAGAUUUACAGAAGAGAACGGGAAAAGCCCAGAGGAAAAAGGUAGAUGGAAUAAGUUAAGGGAAGCUGGCAAGAAAGAAGCCAAGCUAAGGCCAUCAUUCAUAAGUAAAAACAAGCCUCCAUGUGUGAUUUAUUUGGGAGCUGCCCCUAAAAGAGAAAAAAACAACCAACAACAGCCAAUUAACUACCACCAUGGGAAAAACCUAAAGAUAAGGGUCAUGGGUCUUACUAUGUCAGAACUUUAAAAUCCCCAGUCUCUCAAUUCUCU